UACCAAAAAUGCAAACGCACUUUCAAAAAACUAACGAAACCAAUCAGAGAGAGCAAACAUGCAUCACAAUCUCCAAAAACAUCGCUGGCGGGUUAGUGUGAGCUGUGCAUCCGAUCAGAUCGCUCGUCUUCACCCGCGUCUCAGUAGUUAACUAUUUUUAACGCUGCGCUCGUCGGGUAGUUGAGUAACACAAAGAAUUUUAAAUCAGGUGAAACUUGUUUUUCCUGAAAUCAACCAGAAUGGACGUUGAAAAUAAUCCAGUGGAAACUAAAGUUGAACCGAGUUCAUCAAACCAGACCCCAGCAGUGGCGGUCGACCCAGUGACCGGAGAAGUCAUUCCAAACAUCAACACCUACCAGCAGAAGAAAAAUCUCGCCCAAGGUAUGAUGGACCUGGCCCUGGUAUCGGCCAACGCCAACCAGCUGCGCUACGUGAUCGAGUCGUUCACCCGCCAUCCGUACUAUUACUUCAGUUUGAUCUUCAUCUCGAUCAGCCUGCUCAUACAGAUUGCGGUCGGCGUUGGGCUCAUUAUGAACAGUCGUUACGAUGUCAACGACAGGAGGGAGAUCUGCAAGGCGAACAGAAUCAACGAUUUGGUCACGAUCGGCAUCUUCCUGAUAACGUUGGUCAACGUGCUGAUAUCAGCGUUCGGCGUGGCACCGCAAGUGGAUUGAGUUCGGUAGUUUGGGCACUCACUGCAUUUUAUCUCGUGACUGAUUGUGUGAUUUGUUAGUAAUAGUUAAGCCAAGUUUUUUUUUAACAAUAAAAGAUUUGUUUUUAUUUAAAUUUCUGUAAGUGCAACGAUUAAGACUACAUUUCACUGCCCAUGAAAACAAGAAAUAAACAUAGUGUUCAAUUUCACGUGCUACAUGUUACAAUACUCGGUGAAGAAACGUUUUGGUUUGAGGAAAAGAGUGAAAUUUCAAGUAUGGAAAACCUCCUAUCUGUGCAGACUGUAGACCAUUCAUAUCGAAAACCUGUAAUUUUUCACGCAAACAAAGCUCUGGCAUUAAAAACCAACAUACAAAUCGAACUUGGAGUACGCACAUCAUCGAGUUGAAAUCAAUGCAACAUGGAGUCGGAAAAAUGAUAGAACCGUACCGAAUUGAUUUAAAAUGUUUGGGUGAAAACUUGACUCUUCAGUCGAUGAAUAAAUGGGGAAAAUGAAAAAUGUGGGUGAUUUUAUUUAAUUGGAUUUUUUUCGUUGGUGAGAAUAAUGCCUAUUUUUAACAUUCAGACCGGUGAAAUAAAUAUGAAAUAAAUAUUUUAUAGUACAUACAGUUUUUAAUUAUAUGUAGUACUAAUUAUUUUAUCGAAUUCAAAUAUCUCUA